AUGCUCAAGCCUAACACGACGAUACUACUGUGUCAACUGCGAAAUUUAAGGCCCAGAUACUACUGUUCAAACGAGUCUGGCCCUCCACCCCCCUCAGAAAUUAAAAAUAUACUAACUGCAACUGUGUCUCAAGAAAUAUCUAAUAGGCAAAAACUAUUUACUACAGAUCCCAUUUCACCUGGUUCCAUAUUCUUUUUACCUAAUGGUACCAAGAUUUUCAAUAAACUGACCCAGUUUAUGAGAUUACAGCAGUUAAAUCCAAAAUUUGGAUUCCAAGAAGUAAUUACUCCAUUAAUAUAUAAGAAAUCCCUGUGGGAGAAAUCAGGCCAUUGGGAUAACUAUCAAAAAGAUAUGUUUCGUGUUGAAGGACAGGAUAUCCAAAAGGAGACGUACGGUUUAAAACCGAUGAAUUGCCCGGGCCAUUGUAUAAUGUACGCUAAGAACGAUCAUUCAUAUCAAGAAUUACCACUAAGGUUCUCAGAUUUCUCUCCCUUACACAGAAAUGAAGCAUCUGGUGCAUUAACUGGGUUGACAAGACUGAGGAAAUUCCAUCAAGAUGAUGGUCAUAUUUUUUGCACUCCAGAACAGGUAUCUCAAGAAAUUUUAAACUGUUUGAAAUUUAUUGAUUUAUGCUACAUUAAAGUGUUUAAAUUAUCAAAGGGGUACACCAUAAAUUUAUCAACGAGACCCAAGGAUCAUUUUAUUGGGGAUCUACCUACCUGGGACCAUGCUGAAGAUGUGUUGAAGAGGAUUUUACAAGACUCAGGAAAAUCAUGGAAUCUAAAUGAAGGUGAUGGUGCAUUCUAUGGUCCCAAAUUGGACAUAAUGAUUAAAGAUCACAAGGGUAAAGAGCAUCAAGUCGCCACAAUUCAAUUGGAUUUUAACUUACCAGAGCGGUUUAAUUUAAAAUAUAAAGCUAUGGAUAAUACCUUCAAAAGACCCAUUAUGAUUCACAGAGCUGUCUUUGGUUCUGUGGAAAGAUUUCUUGGUUUGCUGAUUGACCAAAACUUGGGGAAAUGGCCCUUUUGGUUAAACCCAUAUCAGGCAGUGAUUAUACCGAUUAACACAAAGGAGACAGAUCAAAUACAGGCAUCUAGAAAUCUUUUAAAUAAGUUAAGAGGUACAGAAGAAAUUAAAGAUUCGAAUGUAGAUAUAGCUCCAAUACCAAUGAAUAGCUUCCAUUUUAACGUUGAUAUUGAUGAAAGAGCUGAGCCACUGGGAUAUAGAAUUAAAGACGCGAUUAUUAAGAAUUACUCAUACUUAAUAAUUGUGGGAGAGAAUGAAGUGUCAACAAAAACAUUUAGCAUACGUUCAAGGGAGGAUAGAAAAAAUAUACAGCACCUUACCGAAGAUGAAAUAUUCAAUAUGUUUUGCCAAUUAGAACAGACUUAUAAAUAG